UUAUUUCUGAUCUAACCCGCACCGAGAAAGAGUCAAGAAAAAGAAGGAAUCUGGGUUGUGCUGUGGAGAAGAACUCUGCGUAGAGAGAUCGUUCAAUGUUGUCGUGACUCGUGAGAGUCGUUGAGGUUACAUUACAUAGAAGUUGAUCGAUCAAGAAAGGCGAUCGUAGUUAGAUCAUUGUUUUCUCUUCUCUGAUCCAUCACUUUUUGAUUCUCUUUUGAAAAAACAAAUUUUGGAGUUUCCAAAGGGGCUAUUAUAUAGAGAUACAGUAAUGGAGGAGGAACAACAGAAGCAGAAGAAGAAUGAGAGGAACAAGUACAGCAUAAUCGUCCCAACUUAUAAUGAGCGCCUCAACAUUGCCCUCAUUGUCUAUCUCAUCUUUAAGCACAUCCUGGAUGUUGAUUUUGAAGUGAUAAUAGUGGAUGAUGGAAGUCCUGAUGGAACUCAAGAUGUAGUCAAAAAGUUGCAGGAGGUGUAUGGAGAAGAUCGCAUUCUGUUGAGAGCUAGACCUAAGAAGCUCGGAUUAGGGACUGCUUAUGUACAUGGUUUGAAGCAUGCUUCAGGCAAUUUUGUUGUGAUCAUGGAUGCUGACUUAUCACACCAUCCAAAGUACCUGCCAAGCUUCAUCAAGAAACAGAUGGAGACUGGUGCAAGUAUAGUUACUGGUACCCGGUAUGUCAAAGGUGGUGGUGUGCAUGGGUGGAAUCUUAUACGCAAAUUGACAAGUAGGGGAGCGAAUGUCCUUGCACAUACACUUCUUUGGCCUGGUGUAUCUGACUUAACUGGAUCUUUCCGGCUCUACAAGAAAUCUGUGCUUGAAGAUGUCAUAAGCUCCUGUGUUAGUAAGGGAUACGUUUUCCAGAUGGAGAUGAUUGUUAGGGCUUCAAGGAAAGGUUACCAUAUUGAAGAGGUUCCAAUUACUUUUGUUGAUAGGGUGUACGGAAGUUCAAAGCUCGGAGGAUCGGAAAUAGUAGAAUAUCUCAAGGGCCUCGUGUAUCUUUUGUUUACUACUUGAAGUGGAGUGGAGAUAAUAGCUCAUAUGAUCUUCUUCACUUGCAGUAGAGUCAUUUUUGUGCUAGUCAAAAAUUUUAAUCAUACAACUAAUGCAAUCAAUCUGAUCAGUAACAAUAGCAUCUUAUCUUCUUCCUGCCCAAUUUUCUCUUGCUUUUUACUUGUAUUAUUAGUCAUAAAGUGCUUUCUCUCUUGUAAGAUCGUGCAUUCAACUUUGUGAUAUCCGGGGGCAAAGGCAUUUUUGAACUUAGGGUGUCCAUUUGAUAUUCAUUGGGUUGUGUACAUUAUCAGAUAGAUAAUCUCAGCUGUUAGUAUUUUAUCCCACUUCAAAAAAUUUGUUGAGAUCAUGAAGCUUUUUUAAUUGCAACUAUUUUAUGCAA